AUGCAUUUCAGCACAUCCUCCAUCUACUUCGGUGUCGUCGCCUUGUCCUCGACUUCCGCUGUCCUCGCAGCUGCUCCCUACGGACAGUGCGGUGGUCAGGGCUUCCAGGGCGACUCUACCUGCCCCCAGGGAUGGUCCUGCGUCAAGAGCAACGACUGGUACAGCCAGUGCGUUAGCGGUGGUGGAAACGGCCAGGCACCUCCUGCUGCCACCGGCGUUGCACCGGCACCCGUUGUUCCUUCCGCUGCGCCUGUGCCAUCGAUGAACGCCACCGAGCCCAUCGCUGCCCCUGUUGCUGUUGCCCAGCCUGCUGCCACUGGCUCUGCCGGUGGUGCCAACGGCUCCACCCCCGACGUCGCUGGAAGCGGUGCCAACGGAGCCAAGUGCUCCCUCGACGCUGCCUUCAAGUCGCACGGCAAGAAGUACCUCGGUGUUGCCACCGACCAAGGUGCGCUCGGCAAGGGCAAGAACAAGGAGAUCAUCGUCGACAACUUCGGUCAGGUCACCCCUGAGAACAGCAUGAAGUGGGAUGCCACCGAGGCCACCCAGGGCAAGUUCACCCUCGACGGCGCCAACGCGCUCGUCAGCUUCGCCACCGAGAACAACAAGCUCAUCCGUGGACACACCACCGUCUGGCACUCCCAGCUCCCUACCUGGGUCUCUUCCAUCACCGACAAGACCAAGCUCCAGGAAGUCAUGGUCGCUCACAUCAAGAAGCUCAUGACCACCUACGCCGGCAAGGUCUACGCCUGGGACGUAGUCAACGAGAUCUUCAACGAGGACGGUUCUUUCCGCUCUUCUGUCUUCUACAACGUUCUCGGUGAGGACUUCGUUGCCACCGCUUUCGCUACCGCAAAGGCCGCCGACCCAGAGGCCAAGCUCUACAUCAACGACUACAACCUCGACAGCCCCAGCUACGCCAAGACCAAGGCCAUGGCUAGCAACGUCAAGAAGUGGAUCGCUGCUGGUGUCCCCAUUGACGGUAUCGGUUCCCAGUCUCACUUGUCUGGCAGCUGGCCCAUCUCUGACUACCCUGCUGCUCUCAAGCUCCUCUGUGGCUCUGCUCCCGAGUGCGCCAUGACUGAGCUCGACAUCAAGGGUGGAUCUGCUGCUGACUACAAGACUGCCGUUACUGCCUGCUUGGACGUUGAGAACUGUGUCGGUGUUACCGUCUGGGGUGUCAGCGACACUGAUUCUUGGAUCGGUGCUGCUUCCACUCCUCUUCUCUUCGACGGCAGCUUCAAGGCUAAGGAGAACUACAACGGUCUCUGCACCGCUCUUGCUUAG